UUCGUACUUUCUUUUUCUAAAAAAGGAAGUAAUGGCUUGAUAGCGUCGUCAUUAGUGAGGGCUGUAAACGAGGAAAAUGUCCUUCAAUCCAUUUGUUUUGUCUAGUGGGACAGCCCCCCAAGCAAACUUCAUGAGACAAAUGGUCCCUGGAAUGCCGAUGCAGGUCGCACAGUUUCCCCAGCAGAUGCGACCGAUGGGAGAUUUUAACCAAGUACCCCAGUAUCAAAUGCAACCCCAAACACAGAUUCCACCCCAUCUCCAGUAUCAACACCAAAUGCAGCCACAAUUUAUGCAGUAUCAGCAACCAAUACAGCAGAUUCAACCACCUGUUGCUGAAGUCUACGAACCACCACAACCUGUGCCAAAUGUACAACAGCAGCCAUUGGUGCAAUCCCAGCCCUCCCAGCCCCAGCAAUCCUCGUCUUCUGGACAAGAUUUUAACCAAUCCAUUGUCAGGAAAUCCAUAGAAAUUCUCUGUCAACACAAGAAACCCAUUACUGCAGCUGAAUUAUCCCAACAGUUAGCUUCGCAUAUAGUUAGAUUAAGUGAAAAACAGCUCAUUGAGGUUUUGAGUAAUUAUCCAAACAAUUUUACAAUUUAUACAAAAGAAGGGACAGAUGAUCACAUUCUAUCUGUCUGCACCAAGCUAGGUCUGUGUAAGGAGCACUGCUCUAAACAAGGACAGUGUCCUGGUAUCCCGGUGUGUGAUGGACUCCACAUCUGCAAGUUUUACCUGCUGUCCAACAGCUGUAGAGUCGAGAAGCAAGGCAAAAAUUGUCUUUUUGGCCAUGAUCUGACAUCUCCACAUAAUAUGUCAUUGUUGAGACAGAAUAUGUUGGAGCAUUUAAGUGUACACAGUAUUAAGAAUCUAUUUCGUACCACUGAAAGCAGGGGAAGAACCACCAUGCCAAGUAUAUGCAAGUUCUAUAAUAUAAAUGUAGGAUGUCGGGCCCAGGAAGAAGGGAAGGCUUGUCCUUACUUACACAUCUGCAAGUUCUAUGUAAUAGGACAGUGUAGAUUCGGGAAGAGGUGCAAGAGAAGUCAUAAUGUUUUUGAUCAGCAAAUUACAGAUAUUUUGACAAAGUAUGGGAUCAACACAAACAGAACUCCCAAAGAAAUUUUACAAGAGAUCCGUAAUGUGGAGUUUGAUGUUGGUGACGACGCCAGUAGCCAAGCUUCUGCCCAUAGUAAAGAUCCCUACAGAACAGGGAUAGACUCAGAUAAUGAGGACCCUUCAGAAAGUGAAGAUGUUUCUGUCAAUUCCUCCGAUGAUCCACCAGCUGAUAUCUGUAUAUUUCACCUGAGAGGGCGCUGUGCCUUCGGUAAAAGUUGUCGUAAAUCUCACAAGAACAUGACGUAUCAGUGGCAGUACCGUAAGAAGAACCUGAAUCAGUGGGAAGACUUCCAGCACCCUCACAACGUCGAGGUGGAGUACAACUUUGGUGAUGUCGCCAGAAGCGAGUGUUAUGUCAAAACUGAGUCAGGAGUGUUGAAAUUAAACUUUGACACAAUGGAAGGCGUUCUACAGGAGAAUAAUCAGGUGAUAGUUCAGAUGACCCUACGUCGACUUUCUACACCCUCCUCUGAGGUGGAAAAGUUCCAGCCACUGGCCACAGUCUGGAAAUGGUUCUGGCAGAGUGAAGAUGGAAGCUGGCAAGAGUAUGGACAGGGAGGAUACGGUGCAGGGGGAUAUCAGUCAACAGUGGACAGUUCCAGUAUGGAACAAAACUUCCUGAAGAACCCCACCGGUCAGCUGCAGUUCAAUACCCUGGGCUACGAGUACCUGAUGGAUUUUGAGCAGAUGAUUCAGCAGAAUCUCCAGUCAGGAACACAAAGAAAAGUCCGCAGGCGACCAGUGUAUGUUGACGAGAAACAAAUGGAGAAAAACAAGAAAAAAGCACCAGAACCAGGAUCACAGACAGGAAAAGAGGUAUCCAUGGUAACAGGUCCGGCCUUGACCCGCCCGAUGCAGAACUACAUACCAGCAGAGUGGGAGAUUCACUUAAAAAUGAUGGGAGGCCAACAACAUGUCAUAGAGCACUUCCAUAGGACGGUGAUAACUGGAGACAACUCACCCAAGAUAGCAGAGGAAGUGAAGAGAAUCAAGGAACUGUUUUACCAAACUAUGUCCCCCAACCAGUAUAUCACCUGUAUAGAAAGGGUAGAGAAUGGAGAGCUCUGGAUGAACUAUGUCAGCAAACGUGAGAAAAUGAGCAUGAAGAGGCGCCCAACAGGAGACGUGAAUGAGAAAAGGCUGUUUCACGGCACGUCUAACAAGUUCAUUGAUGCCAUCUGCAGACAGGGAUUUGAUUUCCGCUUCAGUGGUCAGUCAACAGGGUCAAAGUAUGGGAAGGGAAGUUACUUCACUAAGAGUGCCAAGUUUGCUGACAGUUACACGGACCGCAGUCGCGACAAGGAGAUGUUCCUGGUACGAGUCCUGACAGGGGAUUACACGCAAGGCGACAGCAGUAUGGUACGACCCUCACCCAAAAACCCACAAAAUCCUUUUGAUUUGUAUGAUUCUUGUGUGGAUGAUAUGGCAAAUCCCAACAUCUUUGUCAUAUUCACAUUUGAUCAAGUUUAUCCUGAAUAUGUCAUUAAGUAUCGAUCUUAGAGUGUUUUAUAAGGAAGGAACAAAUACAGUUGAACAAAGUAUCUCAAACAUCAUAGGGUCAAAUAUCAUGGAUAAGUCCAAGGGAUCAGGGGUGUUGAAUGCAUAUUUGACUCUUAACUUCAGUAACUCAAACUCUUAGAUAGCUUCAGUUUUUGACAGGCCCACCAUAUUUGAGAUAUUCAGCUAUAACUGUAGAGUAGGAAAUCCAUAAUACAUGUAAUUUGUUGGGAUAAAUGAAUUGCGUUCCAUUUCCUUCAUCUGUAGUGUAGAAAAUCAUAUCAUCUGUUGUUAAAAAAAUUGUUAAAAAAAUAAAAACAAAUCAAUGAAAUCAUUUGGUUGACUCAUUUGCCAUAAAAACAUAAUAUGAAUUGACUAUUGUCAAAUUCUUUUUAUUUGGAAUAUUGCAACAAACCAAGCAGUGUGUGACUGAUGAGUUGUUUUAUUGCCAAGUAGAGGAGAUAAAUGGAUGUAUUGUUGAGCUUCACUCUUAGUUUUUGUCAACUUAAUAUCUGAGCUACAUAUAUAUGAGAAGGCAAUUUACUUAUGGUUAAAAAGAAGUAGAUUUCAUUCAAGGCUAUGCAUGUUCUUACAUAUUAAAGGCAAAUUUUGAAAAUACAGCAUAGAAAUUGUUGUUGACUAGAAACAUUAUCCUUGUAAAGGAUGUACUCAUGAGAUCUGAAAUUUUAGCAGUGGUUCACUUCUUUUAAAUAAAUGUUUAGUAUAGGCCUAUAGGGUAAUAUUGAAAGCGUUUUAAUGCUACAGAUUGAAUGUUCAAAGUGAGGGGUGUAUUUGAAGAUUUUUUUUUACUUUGUUAAUCAUUGUAUAUCAAAAUUUUUUAUGAAUAUUUGAUGUCAUUUGAAGGUAUCUGUAUAUGUAAUCAAAAAAUCUGAAAAGCAUGGAGAAGCAGUAUCAUAUUAGGGUUUCCAAAUAAUUUCCAAAUGAGGAGGUAAAUUGAUCCAAUUUUUUAUAUAAUUAGGAGGCUGUCUAAGAAUUUUUUCCAAUACUAGUAGGUAAUGUUUCAAUUGUGAAAUUUGAAACAGCAAUGUCAAAUUAUUUGAACAGUGAAAAAUAGUGUCCAGCCUCUUCUUAUUGGAAAUCUUGUCUUAUGAUGCAAUGUUUUAAUUUACCCUGAAUGCUUUUUAAACAAUCACCACAUGGUCAUUUAGGUUUUGUUAUUGUCGUUGAUGUUCAAGUUUUCAUGAUGAUGUUAAGCUGUUUGACCAUUUCUGAACAAUGUAUAAACAUUAGGAUUCUAUUUUAAUAAUCCAUGUGUCAGAAAAAUGUAAUUCUGGAUUGGAAACAAAAAUCAAGUUAUGUAUGUGCUUCUCCAUAAAUCCCCAUUAUGUGUAGAUUGGGAGCUUACUAAUUAUGUACUUAUUUGUACCUAUCAAACAUAACACUUGUGCAAAAAAUGAAAUUGUUACAGUGAGUACUCUGGAAAAGUGAUAUCCCUUGAUAUGGUUGUAUAAUUUUUAUGUUUUCUAUAUGCAUUAGUUUUUUUUUCUGCUCUCCUUUUUUGUGUUGGUAACAUUUCUUUAUUUUGUUUUAGGUAUUGUUUUUACAGUUUUAGUUUGAAGAUACACUUUGUAUAGAUUAACAGACUGUAGUUCAAUUGUAGUCUUCAAGCAAAUGUGAAUUUUUUAGCUCU